GACACGGUUGAGGAUGGCUUCGGGUUCGUGGGAAUUCAUAUUGACAGCACACUUAUUUUAAUCAUCUGACAGUAAUUUCGGCCUGGUCUCCACAGAUCCCAAAAUCAAGCGGGACACUUCAUGACGUCAUGUACCGUAAUAGGCUUGAUAAAGUUCAUACAAUUAUCCGUAUUUGCGCAUUUUUGGAAUAGUUUGGAUGCCCAACUCAAAGCAAGCAAAAUAUGUAAUUGACAUUGAAGGCCAACGUGGAGUUUGUUACGUGAUAAUCGCCACAUUUGCUUCUCGUGUGCGGGACCAAUCGGGUUACGCGUGGAGCGCAAACGCUGACGUCACCGAGCCCUUUCGCCUCCCUAAAUUAUCAUUUUUGAGGGUUUGAUGGCGUGCAUAAAUGAAAGCUGAAUAAUCGUGUUGUAGCAUUUCAAUCAAGGUCCGCGGGCAAGCGGACUUCGUCGGCUCGAUUCGCUACUCGGAACCAAUUAGUGGUUGUCUUUUUUGAGAGGGGACGCGUCGGGAGGCGGCGCUCAUGUCCGGCGACGUCAUAUCCGGCGAGUGUUUGAUCAAGACGGGCCAGGCGGCAACUCCGCGGCUCAAUUUUUCGGGGUUUUGACCAGUCAAUCCGGCGUCAAUCGGAGACAUCAGAACCGCAAACAUGACGGUGGGCAAGAGCAGCAAGAUGCUGCAGCACAUCGACUUCCGCAUGAGGUGCAUCCUGCAGGACGGCCGCGUCUUCAUCGGCACCUUCAAGGCCUUCGACAAGCACAUGAACCUCAUCCUAUGCGACUGCGACGAGUUCCGCAAGAUCAAGCCCAAGAACACCAAGCAGCCCGAGCGGGAGGAGAAGCGAGUCCUCGGCUUGGUCCUGUUGAGGGGGGAGAACCUGGUCUCCAUGACUGUGGAGGGCCCGCCGCCCAAGGACACGGGCAUCGCUCGCGUCCCUCUGGCGGGCGUGGCCGGAGGUCCCGGCGUGGGUCGGGCGGCGGGUCGCGGCGUCCCGGCGGGCGCCCCCGUCCCCCAAGCGCCGGCCGGGCUGGCGGGGCCCGUGAGGGGAGUGGGCGGUCCUUCGCAGCAGGUGAUGACGCCGCAGGGCCGCGGCAACGUGGCCGCCGCCGCCGCGGGGGCUAGCAUCGCGGGGGCGCCCACGCAGUAUCCGCCCGGACGUGGUGCCCCGCCUCCGAUGGGCCGUGGAGCCCCGCCUCCUGGUAUGAUGGGCCCCCCUCCUGGCAUGCGCCCCCCUAUGGGCCCACCGAUGGGCAUGCCCCCGGGCAGAGGAGCUCCGAUGGGCAUGCCCCCCCCGGGCAUGAGGCCGCCUCCCCCCGGCAUGAGAGGACCGCCCCCUCCUGGCCUGAGACCGCCCCCUCGUCCUUAAAA